AUGUUAAAGCGUUUACUUCUCCUCAUCCUUUUUGGGCAAUCUCUUGCGAUGUAUUGUCACCCUGGAUCAUCAGCUCCGAUCUUUUAUGGAAGAGUGGAUAACAGCGCUACUAGACCGGGUGAAUUGCCAGUGGUGGCGCAGCUCGUGAAAUCCAGCGAGGGUGGCACAACUUCAUAUUUCCCAAAAACACAUGGGGUCGACCAGGUUUCACAAGAGAGAAGGAAUGUGAAUUUGGAUGAUUCCGAUUGUUUACUCGACUUAUUGGAACAAGGACUGGCUAAUGAAAUCCAGAUUCGACAGGAAGUUCAAAAAAAUUUUGCCAAGUUGACUCCCAAAGUGGAUGGUAAUAGGUGGCCUUCUACAUUAGACUUUUGUGAUUGGUUUUCUAGGACAGGGUGUGCAGAAGGCAUAACUAGAGAUACGGAAGCCGCCUAUCCAGGUAAUUCAGUUUACAAGUCCACUUUGAACAAGUACAACUAUCCCCCUCCUGGUAUACCAGUCUCCGAACAACCCUGA